GAUCUCUCCUCGUCUCGCCCUGCUCAUGCAUCCGUUUACGCAUUCCGUUUUCUAUUUAUUCACAAAUUCACUCUCUUUCGAGAUUCAAUGGAUAUGAAUUUCGACGAAUUGCGGCAAGGAUCGAUGGCGCCGGAGUGCGAGAGUGGGGAAUUAGCGAAACCGAAGAAUUUUUGCCGGAAAAGGAUGGAUCCGCGGCGGAUUAAAUCGGUUUCGAGUAGGAAAAGGCGAUCGGAUGUGAGGAAAGAGAUCGAAUCGAUGGAAGGAGCGGUGCUGAUUCGGCACGGAGCGGUUUCGAUUAUUGGUCGGCGGAGAGAGAUGGAGGACGCGGUGGCGGCGGAGCUGGAUUUUGUGAGGAAAGGCGGGAAGAGCUACAGUUUCUUCGGAGUUUACGACGGCCACGGCGGGUGGCGCGUGGCGCGUGAUUGCAGUGAGAUGCUGCAUAAGCUGGUGGCGGAGAUUGUGGUGGGAGAUGCCGGUGAGGAGAUAGCGUGGGAGAGAGUGAUGGCGGUUGGUUUUAGUAGGAUGGAUGAAGAAGUGAGUAAGAGUGGCGCGUUGGUUGCGUCGACUGGGUCCACGGCCGUCGUGGCGGUGGUGGGGGAGGAGGAGAUCGUCGUGGCGAAUUGCGGCGAUUCUAGGGCGGUGAUGUGCCGCGGCGGUGUUGCCGUGCAGAUAUCCGAUGAUCACAAGCCCGAUAGACCGGACGAGCUAGAGAGGAUCGAAGGGUGCGGAGGGAAGGUGAUAAACUGGAACGGUUUAAGAGUGUCGGGAGUGCUUGCAACCUCAAGAUCUAUAGGUAUGGUAUUACAUGAAAAGAUCAGUCAGAUUCAUAUUUAGCACUCCUCGUCACAUUUGGUGUGGGCACGGGU